AUGGCUUCCAACUCCGCCGCAAUCGCCGGGUUCUCCGCUUCAGGAGGAGCCACCCGCUCUCCUCGCCCUUCCCGUUCCGCACCAGCUCCGUUUCUGACAAGCUCCGUUGUCCCUCACCGAUAUACCAUCACAACCGGUCUCAACCGGUCGAGCUUCCCUUUUUGGCACGGCCUGCGCGCUCCUAGCCUCAGGAGGCCGGACACCCCCUACCCCUCUCUCUUGAGAACCAGCAGCAGUGAGACCAGGAGAAACGACUCUAACUACGGUUCCAGUUCGAGACUGCCGCUGCUUGCUGCUGCUUCUGUUGGUGAUGCUGGUGGUGAUGGGGAUUGUGGGAACAGGGGAGGAACAGGAGAGAGUGAAGGAGCAACGGGGGAGUUGGAGUCAGUUGGGGAGUUGGAAGAGAAUGGAAUGAUGGGGAAGGGAGAGGAGCAUCCAGGUGAGCAGACUGAGGAGCAGGCAGCAGCAGCGGUGCCUCCUGUUGCUUCUGAUCAACCCAAUCAACGGCUCACAGCGCAUCUGGACUUGAAUGAGGUGAGGCGGCAGCUGCAACGGUCGAAUGAGCGGACUGCGGAAAACCUGAAGCACCUGAAAAAUCGCCUGCAUGCGUCCAACGAGUGGACGGCAAGGCACCUGAAAAAAUCAAAACAACAGACCAGGGAGAACCUGAAGCACCUGAAAACUCACCUGGAAACCCACCUGCACGCGUCCAACGAGUGGACGCUUAGCCACCUGAAGAAGGGUCACCAGUGGACGUCUGAGCACCUGAGAGAAUCAAAUCAACGGACACGGGAGCAGCUGCAGCAUCUGAUUCACUCCGAGCAACUGCUCCAUUUGGAGGGGCAUCUGGACGUGCGGGCAUUGAAGGCAAGGCUGCACGCAUCUAACGCCAAGACCAUGGCGCAGCUGAGGCACCUGGGAGUCAACCUGGAGCACCUGGAGGGGCACCUGGACGUGGGGGCGCUGAAAGCAAGGUUGGACGCGUCCAACUCCAGGACAAAGGCGCAGUUGAAGCGGAGAGGCAGGCAGGCGUCUCACACGGUGCAUGGCGUGGCUGACGUGCUCUCUGUUAUCGGCGCCGCCGCUGCUGCUGCCACUGCUGGUGCUGCUGGUUCUACUGGUGGAGCUGGUGGUGCCACUGCUGGUGCUACUGAAGCUACUUCUACCUCUGCUUCAGGAUCUGCGGCUCCACCUCCUCUUGCUGGCUCUACUGGUGCUGGUACUGGGAAGGAGAGGGCAGCAGGAGGAGCAGAUGGUGGGGACGUCUCCAAGACUGAAGGCAGUGCGAGCAGCAGUGCAGCGACCAGGAGCCUGGCUCGCAAUCCGUAUCUGAGUGGCAAUUUCCGUCCAGUGGGCACCGAGGUGCUGCAGGAGCUUGACUGCGCUGUGAGUGCAGUGCACCUGCCAUCUACUAUAUACCUACCUCCUCUUUCACUCGUUGUUUUGCUUGCAACGGCCCUGUCUCCCUUCGCCUCUGCUUUCUCCCUCCACCACUCUGUGAUCGGCCAGAUCCCUCAGGGUCUGCGCGGUAGGUUCAUUCGAAACGGCCCGAACCCACAGCUGCCACCCUCCAGCCCUGAGCUCUACCACUGGUUCGACGGGGACGGCAUGUUACAUUCAGUGAACUUUCACCCCCCUGGGGAGAACUUUCACAGUCACCCUCGUGAAGCCCGUGAGGAGAACUUUCACUCCCCGCAAGUGAGCUACAGACGGCGCUACAUCCGCACGACAGGCUGGCAGGAGGAACGGGCGGCGGGGCGGGCUUUAUUUGGAGGGUUGCAGCAGGUGGGCCUGGGGGCGAGUCAUCUGCUGCUGGCUGCGAUGAACCUUCUCGGGCUGAGACAGCAGGACGCACCCAUGUGGAACAUGACCAAGAACGUGUCUAACAACCAUUUCAUUCAGCACGCCGGGCGCCUCCUCUCCCUCUGGGAAGCGGGUCUGCCCUACUCCCUCGACCCCUCCACCCUUGACACCAAGGGGGUCCACUCGUUUGACGACACGUGGCGCAGCGGCAUGACAGCUCACCCGAAAGUGGAUCCAAUCACAAACCACAUGAUGAUCUACGGUUACAACUUGACACACAAGCCAUACCUCCGCUACGGAGUGGUUGACCCCUCUGGCUCUCUCAUUCACGCCACCGACCUCGACCUGCCACACCCUGUCAUGAUGCAUGAUUUCGCCAUAACGGAGCACCACAGCAUAUUCCUCGACUUCCCGCUUCGUUUCCAGCUAGACAAAGUCAUUCAGUCGCACGGCAAGGCCAAGCCCUUCGUCUUCGACCCUUCCAAGCCAUCUCGCAUCGGAGUGCUUCCUCGCUUUGGCUCCAAUCCAGACAUUCGCUGGUUCACGGUUAAGCCAGGGUUCUGUCUUCAUGUGGUUAACGCAUUCGAAGAACCCUCUUCCGCCCCCUCUCCCUCCUCCUCCUCGUCCUCCCCCUCCUCCACCACCCCGGACUCUCCUCCUCCCACCAUCAUCCUACGUGUCAUCCGCUUCCCCGCCUUCUCAGCGCUUGGCCUUGCUGAGCUGGCAGAUGAGCUGGCAUGUGAUGAGGUGGCACAGCUGCACGAGUACAGGCUGGACCUCCAAUCGGGAGCAGUAGAGGAGCGCUCCUUGUGCAAGGUGUGCUGCGACUUCCCCUCCAUCAACCCCAAUUUCACGGGCCGCCCCCAUCGCUUCGCUUACUCUGCCCGAUUCACAGCACAGCCCGGCCCAGGCACCACCGUCCCCUCAUUCAACGCCAUCAUGAAGCAUGAUUUCCAGCUAGGCACGUACCAGGUGCAUACCCUCCCACCCGGAAGGUUCUGUGGGGAGCCUGUGUUUGCUCCACGGCACCACUUUCAGAGCAGCAGCAGGUCGCAGAGCGGUGAAGCGCGGUCAGAUGAAGUCGGAAUGGGUAGAGAUGUGGUGGGACUGGGUGCUGAUGCGGUUGGGAUGGGUGCAGAGGAGGAGGACGAUGGGUGGGUGUUGGCACAUGUAUGGGAUGAGGAGGAGAUGAGGAGCGAAGUGAUUGUGCUGGAUGCAAUGAAUCUGGACAAGCAGCCGCUGGCUCGGAUCAUUCUUCCCAAGAGAGUACCGUACGGCUUCCAUGGGACGUUUCUUCCUGACUGA